GGCCAGGAGCCGCCAGGCCGGGCGGUCCCGGGCCGGGCUCAGCGCGAGUUUCAGGGGCGCCCGCUGGACACAAGAGCCAACAUGAACGUGGGAACAGCACACAGCGAGGUGAAUCCCAACACCCGUGUCAUGAACAGCCGGGGCAUCUGGUUGUCCUACGUCCUUGGAAUCGGCCUGCUGCACGUCGUGCUCCUGAGCAUCCCCUUCUUCAGCGUCCCUGUGGUUUGGACUCUUACCAACAUCAUUCACAACAUGAGCAUGUACAUCUUCCUGCACACCGUGAAGGGAACCCCCUUUGAGACCCCGGACCAGGGGAAGGCUCGGCUGCUCACGCACUGGGAGCAGAUGGACUACGGCGUGCAGUUCACGGCGUCGCGCAAGUUCCUGACCAUCAUGCCCAUCGUCCUGUAUUUUCUAACCAGCUUUUACACAAAGUAUGACCGGAUACACUUCAUAAUCAACACCAUCUCCCUUAUGAGCGUCCUGAUCCCCAAACUGCCUCAGUUUCACGGAGUCCGGAUCUUUGGGAUCAACAAGUACUGAACUGCGUGGCUGGAGCGGACGGAAGAGGAGCAGGGGAGAGGGGGAAGCUCCUUCUCUCUAGUCCUGGUUCUUCAUCCCCACGCACACUGGGAUAUAGUUUCACAGCGGCUGUUUAAACGCAGUAUCCAAUAGACAUAUACCGCAUGCUGGAUCCUCAUGCCCAAUAAAUCUAAACAAGCUCCAGAGUAGAGUUUAGUGCAGAGCAGGACGCGUUGGCGCUGGAUUCCCUUCAUUCCAGCGCCAUCACUAGAUGCAGAUACACCGAGACUUCAAGGUACAAAGAGAGAGAUUGCCAUCUGUCCCGGACACUGAACGAUGAGGAUAGGGAUGAGGGGGAAAAGCUUUUAGUGCUGGUACUAUUGCUGUGGUAAAUGCACUUUAAAAUAGAUUUCCCUUUUUGAGCUGGGUGCUUUAAGCGUUAUGUGGGGGAAAUUCAAAAGGAUACAGCCAGGCUUUCCCAAUACUUGAUUGUUUCGGGGUUCGAGUUCCAUUUUUGGGCAGGGGAGUGGGAGGGGGAAGAGAAUGACAGAUUUUUAUUUUGCAAUCUUUUACACCACUGAAAAAAAAGGAAGUUCUUUUACUAUAAGCAGUACAGGAAGGAAUGACCUGCAGUCUGACAAAGCUUUCAGCUUUCUACAGCACCAUUCGGGCGGUUCAGGAAAAAAGGUCGAUAGAUCCUAAAUCAAAUUCGUUAUUUUCAGCUUGUUUCCAGAAUCCGUCUGGGUAAUUCCGCUCCCCACCCCAAACCGCUCGUGUUUAAGCGCGCUUUGAGCACCCGGGCAGGGCUGAAGGGCUGGGGUGCAGGUUAUUUUAGUGAUCAACAACAAACACCACCGAGCUCCUCGGUACACGGAGACCGCACGAGCGAAGGAGAAACAGGCCAAAGGAGAAACGGGCGCCUGCGUUUCUCUCCUCAGACCGGAGAGAAACGGCAUUUCUCUCCUCAGUGCAGCUCUUGGUCUCUGAAGCCUGUGUAGGUGUUACUGGGAUUUGCCAGUGGGUUUGCUCGGUAUCUGACUCGAGGCAAGCGAAGCGUUUGGUUUCUGGCUUGCCUGGAAGUCUUUGUCACUCAGCUCCACGCACAAGCGCUGCGGCAGCAUCCCCCGAGCCCUCGGGUGAUCCCGGGCACGCUGACACGCAGCAGACUGCCGCGACCAACAGCAGGAUGCCAGGGGUCACUGAAGAGAAUAGAUUACUUAGUAUAGCAACAAAAUGGAGCCUUUUUCCCGUAAAAUCGCCACCUAAAUAAAGCAGGUUUGCAGGUUUAGAUUUCCUGGCUGAGAUCGCUUUCCACUGCUCAAAG